AUUGCGAUACCAGUUAUUAUUUUCAACUACAUGGAUAAAACAUUGGAUGCAGAAAUCACUAUGGACAAUACCGACAAGGAGUACGAUUUCACCGAAGUGUCCAAUGAAAUUGAAGAAUCCAUUUUGAGCACGCAAAAGAGAAUGAAACGGGUAUCGGUACCUCCGAAUAGCGGAGAAAGCGUAUCCUUUAUGAUACGUCCAGCCGUAGUAGCAGAUAUAGAAUUGAAAAUUAGCGCUGCAUCUCAGUUGGCAGGGGACGCUAUACAUAAAAAACUGAAAGUAGAAGCUGAGGGUGUCACCCAAUACGAAAAUCAAGCCCUUUUCUUAAAUUUGGAGAAACCACAGAAAGCUUCGCUAGAAGUCGAUAUACCCCCGGAGGCUGUUAAAGAUUCUGAAUAUGUGGAAUUCUCUGUUGUUGGUGAUCUCUUGGGUCCUACUAUGAACAGACUUAACGAGCUUGUACGUAAGCCCUACGGUUGUGGUGAGCAGAAUAUGGUUAACUUCGUGCCCAACAUAUUGGUCUUACACUACUUGGAAGCCUUGCAGAUUGAUAUGCCAAAUGUAGCGAGCAAAGCUAAAAACUUCUUAGAAAUUGGUUAUCAACGUGAGUUGACCUAUAAACACAGAAGCGGUGCAUAUAGCGCUUUUGGCGAAGAUAGAAGCACGCCGAAUACUUGGUUAACCGCUUAUGUGGCUCGUUCCUUUAUCCAGGCAACUAAAUACACGACCAUUGAUGAAAAAGUUAUCCAACAAGCUUUCGACUUCCUAAUUGCUAACCAGGAGAAAAGCGGCCAAUUUAAGCAAACUGGUCAUCUCUUCAGUCCAACUCAUCAGAAUGAUGUUGGAUUCAAUGCUUAUGUGCUGUUGGCCUUCCUAGAAAGUGAAAAAUACGCGGAGCUAUAUCAAAAGCAGAUUGAAAAAUGCCUCGAAUACGUAGUAAGCCAACUGGAGAAUGAAAAGAAUUCUUACGCUCUAUCUAUAGCUGCAGCUGCUUUGCAUAAAGCCAAUCAUACGGCUGCGGAUAGAGUGCUGGAAAAGCUACAGGCAGAAGCCAAGGAGGAAAACGGUUUCAAAUGGUGGACUAGUGCGAACCGCAAUGAUAUUGAAAUCACUGCCUAUGCGUUACAAACUUUGGUUGACACGGAAGGCAUUAACCACAUUUUACCAAUUAUCAAGUGGUUAAUCGGUCAGCGUAACAGCAAUGGUGGUUUCGACUCUACUCAAAACACUGUAGUAGGUCUUGAGGCACUUAUUAAAUUCUCUAAGAAAUUUUCAAUUACUGGAAACAGCAAAAUGUCGAUAACAUUCAAAGCUUUUGACGAUGGAAAGAAAGAACUUACCCAACAUAGGUUUGAGGUGAACAAAAACAACUCAUUGGUCCUCCAAACGCACGUGUUACCGAAAUCCACGCGUUCAUUAAGUUUGGAAGCUGAAGGUGCUGCUUCUUCGUUAAUUCAACUUUCGUAUCAAUACAACUUGGCAACCAAAGACGAUAGACCUGGAUUCAAACUAGACAUUAAGCCGAAAAUUUUGCCAUCGCAACAGCUGCAGAUUAAUAUUUGCGCAAAUUACCAACCGGCUGUUGACGAUGAAAUCAACGAAUCGAAUAUGGCUGUCAUGGAAGUUGCUCUACCGUCUGGUUAUGUCGCCGACAGUGAGAAGUUGAACGAUAUACUUGCUGCCGACCGUGUUCAACGCAUCGAUACCGAAAGCUCUGAUACAAAAGUGAUCGUUUACCUUGAUGGCUUAGUGGAAGAUGAACAAGUAUGUGUUACUAUUGUGGCAGACAAAGCUUUUGCUGUUGCUAAGCAGAAACCAGUUCCCGUCACUCUGUAUGAUUAUUACAAUAGUGCAUACCGUGGAACCGAAUAUUAUCGAAUUGAAUCUUCGUUGUGUGAUAUUUGCGAGGGAGAUGAUUGUGGAACUGCAUGUAAAUGA